AUGCCUGUUCUGAAGAGUCUAGGGGUGGCAGACUCAAAGGUGCCCCGAGCGGGGACCCUGCCCCUGAGGACAUCUCGGAACCCUUUUGAGGAAGCCCCAGGGCUGACAGAAGACGAGGUCGGGGAGCUGGGGACGCUGCCCAUGGGGGCAUCCUGUCGCCGCCGGGCCACCCUGGAGAAGCUGGCGGGCCUGGCCCCCUUCCGGCUGGGCUGGGCCCCGGGCAAGCGGGCAGGCAGCCCGGUGGACGGGCAGCCUCGUUCCUUCCUGGGCCGCGUGCUGGGCCCUGGGUUCCGCAGGAGUUCAGCUGAUUUUGGGCUCCUGGCCCGGCUUCAGGGGAUCCGACCGCAGGGCGAAGACGAAGUCACUGGGGAGACGGCCCGGAGACUGGCCUUCCUGAGACUGGGGCGUGGGCCCAAGCCCCGACGUGCGUCGCUGGCUGAGAGGGUGGUGCCCGCAGGGGAAGCGGCUCCUGAGCCGCCACCCAAGGUCUCAGAGCCCCCAAAGAUGAAGGAGCCAUUGUCAGUCAUUUCCCUUUUUCCAUCCCCACCCUCCAUCAACCCCAAUGUCCUCCUCAACCUCCUUACUCAACCUUAUCCCCAUCCCUGGCUGCCCCAGGGCUGGAGACCUCAGGAGAACCCGGUCAUCAUCUCUGAUGCCCUCCACAUCCUGGCCAGAGGCUAUUUCAGCCUCGGCUCCCUGGGGACUGGGAGGGCACUACUGGUCCCUACUCCUCCCUCCAUCCCUAUCAUCCUCAACUUCCCCAGCCCUCCUUCCUCCUUCCCCUGCCCCCUCCCCCACACCCCUUCUCCUGACCCUUCCUUGCUGGAGAUCCUGAGCCUGAUCCAGCAGCGCGAGCUGGCGCGCGCCGACGAGCACAUCCUGGAACUGGAGGCCGAAGAGCUGGCGUCGUCGGGGGGCGGCGCGCCGGGGCCGCCCAAAGCCGAAGGAGCGGGCGGAGGUCGCCGCGCGCGGGACGUGGCGCUGCUGUACGAGGCCCUGCAGCUCUACCUGCGCGGCUACCACGGCGCGCUGGCGGACUGGCUGGGUGCCGCCGCCCGACGCAGGCUGCCACUGGCCGACCGCUACGCCCUACUGCAUUGGCACAACCAGGUGUACCCCAGGUGA